AUGUUGUCGCAACCAGAUAUGAAUGCGUUGCUGCACGCUAUGCGUACGCAGAUCGCAACAUUAACCUUGCAACUCGCCGAGCUACAGACAAACCCCCCUGUAGCAAACCCCUCAGUGGAAAAGAAAUUCAACAAGAAAGUCAAAAUCAUUGCUGACCCCGGCGCCUUUGAAGGAGACAGAGCGCAAUUUGCCGAGUGGUGGAUCAAGCUUCAGAUUUGGGUCAAGGCAAACUGGGACGUGUUUGCCGACAAUUUUGAGGUAGCCACUGCGGUGCUAUCUCGACUAAAAGGACCUGUGGCGGGUCAAUACGCCCAAGUAAGACUUCAGGAGUGCUACACUACGGGAGUGUGGCCAACCUGGGAGGAUCUCAAGAAGGAGAUCAAAAAAUACUUCAAACCACAAGCUGAGCGUGACUGGGCGCGUCAGCAAAUCCGUUCCUUCAAACAAGGAAACAUGAGGACGGAUGAUUACGUCACCAAGUUCCUGGCCCUUUCCAUCCAAGGAGGGCUUGGAAAUGAACAUGCAGUGGAACUGCUAGAACGCAAUGUGAACCCUCGCAUUGCAGAGCAGAUCUACCUGCAAGAUACGAGGAACGAGAACUUGUCCCUAGCAGCCGAGGAAGUACAUCGAGUCGGUAGAGCCAUGGAGCUUUACCAGAUGCACCAAGGUGGCGGGUCCACCACCAGUAACAACGAAUCCCAGAGGCGCCCUGGGUCAUCAAACCAAUAUAAACAUUCUCACGGGUUCAAGCCGUUUGGGCUGCAACCAGGGCAGGGAGCCCCCAUGGAUAUUGGCGCGGUCCAAGAGGGACAGAUGCGCAGAUUCAAGGGGAACUGCUGCAAUUGCGGCCAAAAGGGGCACAUGUCUCGAGACUGCAGAAAAGGAGUGCAGGCCGCUCAACAAAAAAAUAAUCAAGGGCGCCAGGCGCGCCAAUUAGAAACCGAAACACCGGACGAUCAGCUCCUGACUCUGGCCGGUCGUUCGUACGACGAAAUCCGGGCCUUCUUUUACGAUCAGCAAACUGCAGAAAUGAAGGUCCAGGGAAAAGAGUUCAGAGCUUAG